AUGAAUCCCAGAGCGACUCCAGAGCAACUCCAGAGCGACUCCAGAGCAACUCCAGAGCGACUCCAGAGCGACUCCAGAGCGACUCCAGAGCAACUCCAGAGCGACUCCAGAGCGACUCCAGAGCGACUCCAGAGCGACUCCAGAGCAACUCCAGAGCGACUCCAGAGCAACUCCAGAGCGACUCCAGAGCGACUCCAGAGCGACUCCAGAGCGACUCCAGAGCGACCCCAGAGCGACUCCAGAGCAACUCCAGAGCAACUCCAGAGCGACUCCAGAGCGACCCCAGAGCGACUCCAGAGCGACCCCAGAGCGACUCCAGAGCGACUCCAGAGCGACUCCAGAGCGACUCCAGAGCGACUCCAGAGCGACUCCAGAGCGACCCCAGAGCGACUCCAGAGCGACUCCAGAGCAACUCCAGAGCAACUCCAGAGCGACUCCAGAGCGACUCCAGAGCGACUCCAGAGCAGAGCGACUCCAGAGCGACUCCAGAGCAGAGCGACUCCAGAGCGACUCCAGAGCGACUCCAGAGCGACUCCAGAGCAACUCCAGGCGCCGGGUCCAGGAUAA